AUGGUGCAGAAGUACCAGUCUCCUGUCCGUAUCUACAAGUACCCGUUCGAACUGGUCAUGGCGGCCUACGAGAAGCGCUUCCCCACCUGCCCGCAGAUCCCCGUCUUCCUGGGCAGCGAGGUCGUGUUCGAGUCCCGCAGCGCCGAUGGCGCGGUGCACGUGGUGGAGCGGAACUGCCGGCUGCGCGUGGAGGCCCCGCGGCUGCUGCGGAAGAUCGCGGGUGUGGAGCACGUGGUCUUCGUGCAGAGGAACGUCUUGAACUGGAAGGAGCGGACGCUCCGCAUCGACGCGCACAACGAGACCUUCGCCAGCCGCGUGGUGGUCCGUGAGAACUGCAGCUACACGGUCCACCCUGAGAAUGAAGAGUGGACUUGCUUUGAGCAAUCUGCCUCGCUCGACAUCCGGUCCUUCUUCGGUUUUGAAAGUGCCUUGGAGAAGAUUGCCAUGAAGCAGUACACAGCCAACAUCAAGAGGGGGAAGGAGGUGAUUGAACAUUACCUGAAUGAGCUCAUCUCCCAGGGCAUCUCUCACAUUCCCCGGUGGACGCCUGCCUCAGUCCGAGAGGAGGACGCCCGCUCCCAGGCUGUGCUGGGAGAUCCCGGCUCGCUGGAGGUCAAUGGGCCCAGAAGCACCCAGGGCCCCGCUGAAGAGGUGGCUGGUACGGAAGGGGACAAGCUGGAUGCCGACUACAUUGAGAGGUGCCUGGGCCAUCUCACGCCCAUGCAGGAGAGCUGCCUGAUUCAGCUCCGGCACUGGCUGCAGGAGACACACAAAGGCAAGAUUCCCAAAGAUCAGCACAUCCUUCGGUUCCUGCGGGCUCGUGACUUCCACCUGGACAAGGCCCGGGAGAUGCUGUGCCAGUCCUUGAGCUGGCGAAAGCAGCACCAGGUGGACCUCCUCCUUCAGACCUGGCACCCGCCUGCCCUCCUGGAGGAGUUCUAUGCGGGGGGCUGGCACUACCAGGACAUAGACGGCCGCCCCCUGUACAUCCUGCGCCUGGGCCACAUGGACACCAAGGGCCUGAUGAAGGCCGUGGGGGAGGAGGCGCUGCUGCAGCACGUUCUCUCCGUCAACGAGGAAGGACAGAAGAGAUGUGAAGGGAACACCAGGCAGUUUGGCCGUCCCAUCAGCUCCUGGACCUGCCUGGUGGACCUGGAAGGGCUCAACAUGCGGCACCUGUGGCGGCCGGGGGUGAAGGCCCUCCUGCGGAUGAUUGAGGUGGUCGAGGACCACUACCCCGAGACGCUGGGCCGGCUGCUCAUCGUGCGGGCCCCCCGCGUCUUCCCUGUGCUCUGGACUCUGAUCAGCCCCUUCAUCAAUGAGAACACCAGGCAGAAGUUCCUCAUCUACAGUGGCAGCAAUUACCCCGGAGGCCUUGUCGACUACCUGGAUAGAGACGUGAUCCCUGACUUCCUUGGCGGGGAGUGCCUGUGUAAUGUCCCCGAAGGAGGGCUGGUCCCCAAGUCCCUCUAUCUGAUGGAAGAGGACCAGGAGCAUGCAGAACAGCUGCACGAGUGGAGGGAGACCUACCAGCCGGCCUGUGUGCUCCGCGGGGCUCCCCAUGAGGUCGCGGUGGAGAUUCUGGAGGGGGAAUCAGUCAUCACCUGGGACUUUGACAUCCUACGAGGGGAUGUGGUGUUCAGCCUGUGCUACACUAAGCAGGCACCCAAGUCGGGCCCCCAGGAGCCUGGGGCCAGGGCCAGCGGGCAGCUGAUGGACAAAGCGGGGACCCUGGGUGCAGAUUACAGCCCUGUGGAGGCCCCCCUCAUCUGCCGGGAAGGGGAGAGCAUUCAGGGCUCCCACGUGACCCGGUGGCCCGGCAUCUAUCUGCUCCAGUGGCAAGUGCAUGCCCCCCCUGGCAAUGUGGUGGAGGACGUCCUGACGGCCCUGCACAGCCCUGGCCCCAGGUGCAAACUCCUCUACUACUAUGAGGUGCUGGCGUCUGAGGACUUCAGGGGCUCCAUGUCCAGCCUGGAAUCCUGCACCAGCCGCUUCUCCCAGCUCAGCGCCGCCACCUCCUCCUCCUCCUCCAGCCAGUCCCACAGCAGCUCCCUGGUCUCCAGAUAG